AAAGGGGCGCGGGGAUGUAAUGCCUCUGCUGAUUAAUAGAAUUUCUGGCCAAUUUCAUGCCGCUAAGCCACACCCACCUCGUCAUGUGUCCAGCUCGAGACUUAUGAAUAUUCACUGAAUUCUAAAGGGGGGUUUCGCGUUUGCUGCGGGGACGCGCGAGCGAUGUGGAAAUGGUAGCAAGAUGGCGGCCCUGAAGGAGGAGCAGUGUUACGGACUGUCCUGUGGAAGAGUGAGCAAUGGCAGCAACGUAUCUGUCUUUCACGUUAAGCUUACUGACAGCGCUUUAAAAGCGUUCGAAGGCUAUCAGAGCAGUAAGAGCCUGUCUGCCCAUCCCUCAAUCAGAUUUUCUGGAAACCAAGGGAAAAUCUCUAUACCGCGACCAGAGAGCCUCGAUGAGCUGCAGACGUUUACCUUCUACCUGUCCCAUGUGGGCAGGGACAACCCACAGGGUAGCUUUGACUGCAUCCAGCAGUACAUCACCAGCGAUGGCAGGAUCCAGCUGGACUGCUUAGGCUGCAUCCAGGACAAGAUCACUGUGUGUGCCACCGAUGACUCGUACCAAAAGGCGCGGCAGAGCAUGGCUCAGGUGGAGGAGGAGACCCGGAGCCGCGGAGCCAUCGUCAUCAAGCCAGGCGGGAGAUAUGUGGGUAAGAAGGUCCAGAUCCGGAAGCCGGCCCCAGGCCUGUCUGACAUCGCGCCCUCGCGCCGCUCCUCACGGCCCGUCAUCAUCUCCAGCACCAUGAAGAAGACGAGCGCCCAACAGAGGCCCCUGCGGGAACGUCUGAUUCACCUGCUGGCGCUCAAGCCCUACAGGAAGCCGGAACUGAUCCUGCGGCUGCAGAAAGAUGGCGUGUCCCCGCAGGAGAAGGACACCCUGGACGGCUUCCUGCAACAGGUGGCGAAUUUGAAUGGGAAAGACAACACGUUUACUCUCAAAGACAGCCUGUUUAAGGAGGUGCAGAAGGACUGGGCCGGCUACACAGAGGGAGAUCACCAGCUUCUCAAGAGGAUCCUUGUGCGGAAAUUGUGUCAGUCACAAACAAACCCAAGUGUUCCUGGGGAAAGUCCAGUGAGUCCUGGAAAAGAGCUUGCUCACUGCUCGCCGUCGCAGAAGCGACCUGCUGCGGAGUUCAUCGAUCCCCUGGCAAAUAAGAAGCCCAGGAUAUCGCACCUGGCCAGUAAGGCGGCAGGACCCGUCAACGGCAAGCUGAGCUCCUCCAAUGGGAAGGAGGUGGGCGGGAUCUCUUUGAUAGGCGGCGAAAGCGUGACCACCAGCUCCCAGCUGCCGCUCCUAGAAAUCCCGCGUCCGUUCGACCCGCUGUCUGAUGUCAGCAACGACUCCAGCCACAACGGGAGGGACUGUGAGGGCCAGGAGGUGGCCGUGGCGGAACGUCUAGGCCAGCCUCCGGCCCCCACAGCCUCCGCCGCCGCCCCCCUGCCGGCACAUGGAUCCUCCCCAUUCCGGCCCAGCCCACUCGGCCUCGGCGGGCCCCCGGAAGAGGCAGCCGCCGCCUCGCACCACGGCAAAUCCAAGAAAAAGUCCAAAAAGCACAAGGACAAGGAGAAGUCUAGGGAGAGAGAGAAGGCCGCUGAUGAGCGUGGGGUGGAGAUGACAGGCAGCACCUGCAGCCCGCAGGACUGUGCUCCACACGGGACGUCUGCAGAUGUGAAUGGGAUGUGCAACAGUAGUAUUUCUGCAUCGUCAACAGACACAGCAGACUACUUAUCGAAGUACACGGCGAUCGCCUCUCAGGAGCAGCGGCAGAGCUACAAGAACGAUUUCAAUGCUGAGUACCACGAGUACCGGGAUCUCCACGCUAGAAUAGAGAGCAUCACACGGCAGUUCACUGUGCUGGACUCAGAGCUGAAGCAGCUGCAGCAAGGGACAGACAAGUACAAGACAAUCCGCAAUCAAAUACUUCAGGAGUAUCACAAGAUUAAAAAGACUAAUCCAAACUAUGGUCAAGAGAAGAACCGCUGUGAAUACCUACACAACAAACUGGCGCAUAUAAAGAAACUUAUAGCAGAGUAUGAUCAACAGCAGCUCCAGAACUGCCAUUAGUGUGGGGUCUCUUUCUUUCUAUGGAAACCAGACGGUGAAACAUUGUCUGGAUUCCACUUGCUCCGAAAGUUCUUAUCAAAGAUGCCACGAAGGGAGAAUUCAUUCCCCCCCCCCCCAUUGGGGCCAAAAGCACUAUUGAGAACAAAAGCAGACUUUAUUUUGAAGAUGUGACUUGGCAGUUCAGGCCCUAGACCGUCUGGGUAUCAGCCUCUGCCGCUGGAUAAACCUUGUGCAGUGUGUCUUGUUUCCUGGCCCCCUGUUGUGCACAGAAGGUCUCCAAUCGUAUGAAAGGAUAAUCCACAUCCUUUGAAGAUCUCCUACUGCCUUUCCAUACCAGGAACCAGGGGAGACGAUACCACUGAAAAGGAUGUGACGGAAUGUAUGCCAAAAUGCUAAUAGUUUAAGAACAGGAAAAAUGUAAUGGGCUAAAUAUGAAAUGAUGAAAUUUAUUUUUCCUCAUUUAUUAAAAUGAAAGGGUUUCUUGCUGAACACUUGUGAAUAUGUAUUUUAGAUUUUUUUCCUUAUUUAUUCUAUUUUGGACAUACAUAGGGAUAAGUUGUGUUGUAAAUUUACGCUCCUCAAUAUCAGUACUACAAAGUGUUUUUUUUUUUUUUUUUCUUUUCUUGGAAUGUGAGCCAGUCUUUUGUGCAAAAGCUGCCUUGGCCAUCAGAGUUGCCCAACUGUUGCAUUCAUUUUUUUUUUUUUAAAAAGAGAUAUAAUUUCCCCCCAUCCUUAAAUAAAGACAGCACUGUAAAGUCACUCGCAGGCAGACGCCCAGCUUCUUUGGCAGUCAUUCUGUCCUGCUCAAUCCUUUCGCUUUACAGAAGAUUCUCUGAAUAGCUCUCUGAAGUCACCUUUCUCUAUGUGGUCCAUAGAAGGUGUGAAUUCUCUCAAGGUCCAUUUAAUAUGUACAUCCAUAAAGCACAUAGCAUCCCUGAGAGACGUGUGCACCACCGUUCAGGGUUCUACAAGCAGAUGCGACCCUUUGGUCGGUGGCGGAGGGGGGUCACAGGUCACAGGUACAUAUCACUGUUUGACUGUUCAGCGAAAUAAUUGUCAUUUAAUGGCUUUAUACUGUGAUACAUUCUUAAGAUUGUAUGAAUAUGCAAAGGUAAUGCGUGAUACGGUAAAACUGUUCAGUGAUCCUGCAAAGCAUGGACAUUGUCUCUGUAUUGCUCUGGCCAGCUCUGACAAUCUCUGUAUUGCACUAUAACAUCAACAUGUGAAUGACCACCCCCCCACCCCCAUGCUGCCUCAGACUCCAUACACUGAAGUGCGAUUUCAUCUGUUAAUGCUUCGGACCAAGACUUUAGCUUUAGAUGGUAUUCGUCUUCAUUCAUUGUUCCCACUUAAUUUGUACCACGGUGCCCCAUGUGCAAGGUUGAGCUUAAUUCUUCACGUGCUGAUCUCAGAAUUUUUGCUGAAUAAUGUGCAGCUCAUCCUCCAUUUUAAAAUGCAUGUAGGUUUGUGUCCAUUUAUAUUCUAUUGAUUGGGAACAAUAUACUUAGCUAAAGUGAGGCCCUCUGAUGGCAUGUAUACCAGAGUAGGGUCUCCCUGCCCCCUGGCGUUCGCCCUAUUUAAGCUAAGAAAAGACCUUGACACAUCAGUAGACUCUCAAUGGCCUUAGCUGAAUAUGUGCACCAAGUUCAUUAUGUUCUUGACCGGUAUCAAUCAUUGUGAAAGGGCCAGUGUCUGCGCUCACUUGCAGUAUCUUUGCACAGGAUUAGACCGAUGGUCCUGCUCGACAGUUCAGUAUCAUUUUGUUAUAUUGUCAAAAUGUGCAUUUGAAAAAUGUAGCACUUUGCUCAGUCUUCUUUGUAGUUGCAUUCUUCUGGUAUAAGGCGCCGUCCUAUUCAUCUCCACAGUGUUCUUAUACAUCACAUGUGUUUGUUCAUAGCCGCCAGUGUUUACUUCUUACCUUAAUGGCAUAAAUUGAAGCGGCCAGUUGAUCAUACAUGUGAUUGCUUUUGCAAGGUUAUUCUUUUAAAUCUCUCUGACCGACGUCGUUUUGGUAAUACGUUUGAAUUUGAUCAAAGUAACUAAAGUGUCACAGCAAAGGAUCUUUGACUCCAUCUUCUACUUUUAUUGAGGAAAAUGUACUCCAGUUGCCUCUAUUGUGAGGAAGUUCUAUAGACAUUAGCUUGGCAUCUCUGCCAGUCACUCUGCCCUUAAGUUACAGGGCUUAAAAUGAUGGCCUAUCACAGCUUUUUCUUCAAACCCCAGUGACGUAAGGCUUGAUGUCGUCACUGACUGACUAAUGCUAGACCCACAUCUUUCUAAAUUUAUGGCUGCAUCUUCUUAUUGAUCCUGCCCUGCGGCUUCUAUCACGAUGGUGAAUAUUCGAUUAACCAAUGGCCUCUGGCGAGCUCCCGACUGUCAUUUCGUGAGAUCGCUCGUCUCGAUCUCGAUUGUCUAGGACCCAUGAAAGGAUGCUGGGUAAGGCAUCCAGGAAGUAGCCCGUGUGGAUGAGCCUCUUCUGUGGCUUUUCCUUCACAAAUGGUCACACACACAACACAACAAUGGUGACACACACAACACUGAAUGAGCUGAAUGUGCCAGAUGACCUGUUGUAUAGGUUGUGUGCCAAUGCUUCUGGGGGGGGGCUUGAAAAUCGUCGUAUUUUUAAUGCUAAAACCUAAAAUGGGAUUUGAAACAAGAAGGGACUGGGAAUUACAAUGAUCUUGAUAUUUAAAUAAAAUUAUAUGUAUAUCAAAACAUCACCUUCAA